AUUGGUUAAAAAAUAGUGUCAGAAAUUACAUUACACUGCAUAAACCAUCGUUGCACUAUUUUCCGGCAGAGGAAGCUGAUCGGAGAAUCCGUACAACCCCGCCGCCAGUUCGCCGGCCGUUAAUUAUUUCCGGUAGGUUUUAUGUUCCGUUACUGGUCAUGGACAGUAAUUGUUCUGAGUUAUCUGAAAUUGCACGGAUGCUUCCUCCUGACCCUGGAACUUUCGUUGAUCGCGAAGAGUUAAUUCAUUAUGUCGGGAAAAUUGGUGUGUCGCAAGGAUACGUAGUUACAAUUAAGCAAUCUAAGAAGGACAAGGUUGUAAUGCUUGGCUGCGACAGAGGUGGUGUUCAUCGCAGUAGACGUAAACAUGAUGGCGAGACCUCUGGUGAAUGCAGCCGCAAUAGAAAAUCUAGUUCUCGUCUUACGAACUGCCCUUUCGAACUAAUGGGUAAAAAGGAGGAUGGUGUAUGGGUACUUACAAUAAAAAAUGGCUCACACAAUCAUGAAGCUCUAAAAGACAUCACAGAGCAUCCGUCUGCUAGUCGCUUUACGGAGAAGGAAGUUAUGCAAAUUAAAGAGAUGACUGAGUCCGGCUUGAAACCACGUCAAAUUCUGAAGAGACUGAGACAAAGCAAUCCGAAGCUUUUAUCUACACCGAAGCAUGUGUACAAUGUAAAAGCUAAGCUUCGGCAAGGAAAUCUUACAGUAAAAACAUUAAAAACGUUAAGUCAUGAGAAGCCCACUGAGGGAAAUUUGCAGUCUUCAACAUCUAAUGCUGAGCCAUCUUGGAGAAGAAGCUACCCUUCGAGGGUUCCAAAUUUUAUUGGAGGUAAAUUUGUUGAAUCACAAUCAUUGACAUCCAUUGAUGUCAUAAAUCCUGCGACACAAGAAGUUGUUUUUCAAGUUCCUGUCACUACCAAUGAAGAAUUCAAGGCUGCAGUUUUUGCAUCAAAACGUGCCUUUCUGUCAUGGAGAGAUACGCCACUUUUAGCUCGUCAACGUGUUAUGUUCAGAUUUCGAGAACUUAUUCAAAGAAACAUUGAAAAAAUUGCUCUGAGUAUUACGACUGAGCAGGGAAAGACAUUGAAAGAUGCACGUCAUGAUGUAGUCUGUGGGCUUGAAGCGGUAGAAGAUGCCUGUGCAACAAGUCUGCCAAUGGGGAAAUAUCUUCCGAACGUUCUGGAUGGAACUGAUACUUACAUCAUAAGGGAACCUCUUGGUGUAUGUGCUGGGAUUUGUCCUUUAAACUUUCCAGCAUUGGUUCCACUCUGGAUGUUCCCAAUCGCUGUGACAUGUGGCAAUACGUUUAUACUGAAGCCAUCAGAGAGAGAUACAGCUGCUUGCUUGACGUUGGCUGAGUUAGCAAUGGAAGCGGGGUUGCCUAAUGGUGUCUUAAAUGUUAUUCAUGGGGCUAAUGAUAUCAUUAAUGCCAUAUUGGAUAAUGACGAAAUAAAAGCUGUAUCUUUCGUUGGUCCAGAUACAGCUGGUAUGUACGUAAAUGCAAGAGCAUUAGCUAAUGGGAAACGUGUUCAGACAAAUGCUGGAGCCAGAAAUCAUGCAGUUGUGAUGCCUGAUGCUAGCAUGGAUGCUACUCUCGAUGCUCUAGUUGGUUCUGGUUUUAGUGCAGCCGGACAGAGGUGCACGGCUAUCAACAUAAUUAUUUUCGUUGGAGGUUCAAAGUCAUGGGAGGAUAAGCUAGUAAGUCGCGCCAAGGCACUCAAAGUAAGUGCAGGAAUUGAACCCGACGUCGACAUUGGUCCUGUAAUUAGCAAGCAGGCCAAGGAAAACAUUUGCAAAUUAGUUCAAUCAGGUGUUGACAGUGGUGCCAGACUAAUUCUUGAUGGGAGGCAGAUUACGGUUCCAAAUUACGAACUAGGAAAUUUCAUCGGUCCAACCAUCUUAUGUGAUGUCACCAACAGUAUGGGCUGUUACAAGGAGGAAUUUAUCGGUCCAGUUCUUCUUUGCAUGCAGGCUGACAGCUUAGACGAGGCCAUCAGCAUUGUUAACAGAAAUAAAUAUGGCAUAGGAGCUUCCAUCUUUACAACAUCCGGCAUUGCUGCAAGGAAAUUUCAGGAUGAGGUAGAAGCUGGGCAGGUUGGUAUCAAUGUUCCUGUUCCAGCUCCGCUCCAAUUUUUCUCAUUAACCGGCUCGAAGGCAUCUAUUUCUGCAGAUCUUAAUUUCUAUGGCAAAUCAGGAGUCCAUUUUUACACCCAGAUUAAGACAGUGACUCAGCAAUGGAGCAAUUUGGACUAUAGUGAUGCAACAUCUUCCAUACCGCCAUUAAGCAACGUCCCCGGUAGUAGUGAUAUUGCUGACAUUUAUUCCCAAGGAUUGCAAUCAAAUGAUUAUCAGGGCAUAGAUGAAAUGCAGUCAAACGAUUAUGAAAACAUGGAUGGAAUCCAAUUAAAUGAUCUUCAGUGCAGAGAUGGAAUGCAAUCAAAUGACCUUGGUAGUAUGGAUAGAGUUUCCCUGGAUUUGCAAAGAAAUGUUUUUCGUAGUAAUGAUGCAGAUGCUCCGACGUUGCAACCAAAUUAUCCUCAGAGUAGCAACAGAGUGUCAAUGCCAUUGCAAUAUGAAGAUUUCCAGAGUAGAAGUGGAGUAUCCCUGACAUUGCAUUCAAAUGAUUUUUCAAGUACUGAUGAGGAAGGGCAGCCAAUGUCAAAGUCCCAUGCGAUAUAGUAAAACGGGUAGCCUCAGUUCAUGCGGAACUGGAGAAGCGGCAAUGAAGGUUACUGGCCAUCAACGGUGUAAGGUGGUCUUCAUAUGCAGGACUUCUCCGAAGUAGCCUUGGUAUGGAAUUGAGGCUUGGUUAUCUUAGUUGAGAAGACGCGACAUUAAACUUAGUGAUCAAAUACUAAAUUCCAAAUUAGCACCAAAAAAAACCAGGAGUUUAGAACAUAGUUCCGUGUUUCUUUUACCCUAACCUACAGUUUCUUUUUACAGUUUCUCUCCAAGCUAAAAGAGAGGGGGAUUCAAAGUUUUUUUUUUUUUUUUUAGGAAAACAAAAACGACCUGAAUACUGGGAUUUUAUGAUAUGGUAGUUCUGUAAGUUUUAUAAUGCA